GAAGGCGCUCCUGCUCCUCCCACAAGGCUCGAACCCUCUGCGCUUGGUUCGGUCGCCAGUCUGGUUUGGGCAUCGCGUGGGAACGCUGGCACGGAGAUCAGAGGGCUUUCGCCUGAGGAGCCGGGUUGCAAGGAUAAGCAUGCCGUCUUAGCAGCAGAGCUCAUCAGAUAAGAGUUUCAAGGGAUCAGCUCCAUGAGCGGUCACCGAGUGCACCGAGGGAGGAAGCUUUUUCGUGAUAAAACGAUGCUUCCUUGAUUUACAAAAGGUUGUUGAGAGCUGACGUGGAAUAAACAUUUAGACAAACUUUAAUUUUAAUACUUUUUUUUCUCGGAUUUCGCGUCAUUUCAGCUUUGAAUCUGCUCUACGUGGAAAUGGGAAUAUUAAUUCUUUGUACAUUGGCAUUGUCAGCUGUGUGGGGUUGUAGCUUGCUAGGGUUCAUUUUAGCUGACUUCACAAUGGACAAUGAAGUCCACUCCAGCUUCAUCCACAGAAGGCUGAGGAGCCAGGAAAGACGAGAGAUGCAGCGGGAGAUACUCUCCAUUUUGGGCUUGCCCCACCGCCCGAGACCCCACUUACACGGGAAACAUAAUUCUGCCCCCAUGUUCAUGCUGGAUCUAUAUAAUGCUAUGUCCCUGGAAGGAGAAGGUGAAAGUUACUCUUAUCCCUACAAACCCUUCUUCACAACGCAAGGUCCCCCGCUGGCCAGCAUGCAAGACAGUAAUUUUCUCAAUGAUGCUGACAUGGUCAUGAGUUUUGUCAAUCUAGUUGAACACGACAAAGAAUUCUUUCACCAGAGGCGACAUCAUCGUGAGUUCAGAUUUGAUCUUGCAAAAAUUCCAGAAGGUGAAGCUGUGACUGCAGCCGAGUUUCGAAUUUAUAAAGAUUUUAUCCAAGAGCGUUUUGAAAAUGAAACAUUUCAAAUAAGCAUCUAUCAGGUUCUACACGAAAAUGCAGGAAGAGAGUCUGACUUAUUUCUGCUUGACAGCCGAACAAUUUGGGCAGCAGAGGAAGGCUGGCUGGUGUUUGAUAUUACAGCAACGAGCAACCACUGGGUGGUGAACCCGCAGCACAAUCUGGGCCUUCAGCUAUCUGUGGAGAGCAUAGAUGGUCAAAGCAUAAAUCCCAAGACGGCUGGUCUUAUUGGAAGGCAUGGCCCUCAGAGUAAGCAACCUUUUAUGGUGGCAUUUUUCAAGGCAACAGAAGUGCAUUUUCGCAGUAUUCGCUCGGCCAGUGGCAAACAGAAGAACCAGAAUAAGUCAAAGGCAGCAAAGAAUCCAGAUGCUCUCAGAAUGUCUAAUAUGGCAGAAAACAGCAGUACUGACCACAAGCAAGCUUGCAAGAAACAUGAACUCUUUGUUAGCUUCCGUGAUCUUGGCUGGCAGGACUGGAUCAUUGCUCCAGAAGGUUACGCAGCAUACUACUGUGAGGGAGAAUGUGCUUUUCCUCUUAAUUCCUACAUGAAUGCUACCAACCAUGCCAUUGUUCAAACACUGGUUCAUUUUAUGAACCCAGAGCUUGUUCCAAAGCCCUGCUGUGCUCCUACUCAGCUGAAUGCAAUCUCUGUCCUUUACUUUGAUGACAGCUCCAAUGUUAUUUUGAAAAAGUACAGGAAUAUGGUUGUCAGGGCCUGUGGCUGCCACUAACAUCUUUGAAAAGAAAUGACAGAAUCCAAGCCACUUUAUAAGGACAGACUUUUUAAAUUCUAAUAUGGACUUGUAAAGUUUUUUUAAUUGUGUCAACAUUUUGAUAUUAAAAUUACCGUCUGAUGAUUCA